UCCCCCAAUGCAAUUAAACCUUAUAUCAAUUUUGUGGCUUUCAAAGUUCAAAGACAGAACAAAAAAAUGGUGUCGGUUUCUCUAUCCCUAUUUACUCUGCUAAUAUUUUUAACUUGUUUUCAUGAAAAACAGCAGGUUGUGGGAACUGAUCAUGACUUUAGUUAUAUGAAAUCAGUCUACAAUGCAACUGAUCUACCAUUAGUGGAAGAAUAUGACUACAUCGUGAUCGGAGGAGGGACAACAGGAUGCCCUUUGGCAGCAACUCUAUCAGAAAAAUACUCAGUUCUUGUCCUUGAAAGAGGCAACGUUCCUAAAGCUCAUCCCAAUGUGUUCGUUGCAUCUGGAUUUGUGGCUAAUCUCAUCGAAGAAGAUGAUGGUGAUACGCCGGUGCAGAGGUUCACGUCAGAGGAAGGCGUGGAGAACGCAAGGGGUAGGGUUUUGGGAGGAACAAGCAUGAUAAAUGCCGGUUUGUUUUCGGAAGCUGACAACGAUUUCCUUGCCAAGUCUGGUGUGAAAUGGAACAUGGAUGAGGUUGAGAAGGCUUAUGAGUGGGUGAAGAAGAAGAUAGUGUCAUAUUCCAAUUUGUCAGUUUGGCAAUCUGCGGUGAAAGAGGCUUUGUUGGAAGCUGGUGUUGGUCCUGACAAUGGAGUCACUACAAAACAUAAGCUUGGAACUAAACAAUCUGGUUCUACUUUCGAUGAUAUGGGGAGAAGACAUGGAGCUGUGGAGUUGCUCAAUAAUGGAGACCUCAAUAACUUAAGAAUUGCAAUUCAUGCCCACGUGAACAAAAUUAUCUUCUCCACUAAAUUUCCAAAUACAACUGCUAUUGGAGUUAUAUAUACUGAUACAAAAGGAAGGCCUCACAAGGCAUUGAUACGCAAUAAAGGAGAAGUAAUACUAAGUGCAGGUGCACUUGGCAGCCCUCAACUUUUGCUACUAAGCGGAAUUGGUCCUCAAUUAUACUUAUCAUCAAACCAUAUUCCCAUAGCCCACGACCAACCCAAUGUUGGAAAAUUCAUGGCUGAUAUUCCACGUAACAGCAUUAAUCUCAUAAUCCCAUUCCCAUUUGAAAGUUCACCAGUACAAAUUGUUGGAAUUACUAAUGAUUAUUUCAUAGAGACCGUGUCUAGUAGUGUGCCAUUUUCUCCAACUACGUUACCGUUUGGCUUAUACCCUAAACCAAUCACUCCAACACAAUUGAGUCUAGGAGCCCUAAUUGGAAAAAUUGUGGGGCCCUUAUCAACUGGUUCACUCUGGUUGGAUUCCAACACUGAUGUGAAAGCCACACCACAUGUUCGGUUCAAUUACUUCUCUGACCCGAUUGACCUUGCACACUGUGUUAGUGCAAUGAGGAAGUUCAACGAGUUGCUGAAAACUAAGUCAUUGGAUCGAUUUAAGUACACAGAUUUGAAUGGUGUUAGGGAUUUCAAGUUCUUGGGGCCUCCUUUACCGACCAACAAGUCUGAUGAUUCGUCCAUGGAAGACUAUUGUCGAAGCUCGGUUACUACCUUUUGGCAUUAUCAAGGAGGGUGUGUAGUAGGGAAGGUUGUUGAUAGUGAUUUUAAGGUUAUUGGGACAAAUUCACUUCGAGUUGUUGAUGGAUCAACUUUUAUUAUAUCUCCUGGGACCAAUCCUGAGGCCACUUUAAUGAUGAUUGGCCGGUAUGUUGGACUAAAGAUGCUAAACGAAAGACAGACUAAAAUUAGAAAGCUCGUGAAAUUUCCAAUUACAUAUUCUAAUUAAAUAUAUUUUUGCCUUCAAUUUUGCAAAAAGCAUAUCUAUAAUAUUCUUUGAUCGCGCUUAUUAUUA